GCGGCGUAGGCCGCAAACACUCUUGAGAUUUUUGCCCCUCGAGGGAAGCCACAUUGGGAUGAGCUCUGCUGGAGACGAAGAGCGCACUGCUGCGAGCGGGAAACAGAUCCGCCCGCCGGUGCAGGCGGGAAGCGAUGCGGAGAUUGCAAGUUUGCAACUGCAGGUUUCGCCAUUGGCGGCCUUGGUGGAGGAGUCGGUAAAGAAGAAGGAGCCUGGCAGGGUCGUGGCGGAUGCAGCCAGUAGUGGCGGUUGGGUUGCCGCCACCGAAGGCCAGCAAGAAGAGCCCAUGCAGCCGCUCGGCGGUGGCGCGGGAUUUCUCCAGCAGCAAGCGAGAGAUGGUGGGCAAGGACCACGGCAGCUGCUGGAAGGCGGCUAGGCCAGCAGAUCGGGAGCGAAUCCUGCGAGACCAGCCGGAGUGGGCCCGGGCAUAGGACCGGACUACGGGGAAGCGAGGGGGUUAAACCCCCAGGUGAGAUACCCGUGACUCGAGGAAAUGGAGAAUUCCUCGACGGCUACAGCAGUAGCCACAUGAAGAGAGUAACAGUCAAUGCCUCGCGUCUCGAAGGGGAGAGUCGCGGCCAUGGGUUUGACUCGUGGAGAAAGUCGCUUAUCCAAGCGCCAAGACUGUAGGACUGGACGGCCAAUUGAUCGGCAAC